CUGUUUUACUCACACAGCUGAGAGAAAAGAGGGAGCCAGUCCUAGAGUGGUGGAAAAAAAAAAAGAAGCAAUCUCUGCCCUGCCUCAGAACAAGCAGCGGCACCGGGAAGCGCCGUCUCUUUGUUCACUUAACUGGGCUUUGACCACUAAGAAAAAGUAACAUUUUGAACGUUUUGUUCACUCAUGCCAUCCCGGAAGUAUAUUGAAAUGGACCCUCGCGGGAACAAGUCCGUCGAUCAGUGCGAGUCCUACGCAAAGCGGAGGAGGCACGACACCACCGAGCAGCCCGUCCCCAGUGGCAACAGCAGAUGCUCUCCCAGUCUGGAGUACACAGACCUGGAGGCCGCUGAGGCGCUGGUGUGCAUGAGCUCAUGGGGUCACUUUGUUGGCAGCAACAGGCCUAACCCUUGCAAGCCUCGACCCCUGACCCCGGCCUCGGACUCCUGCGACUCCAUCCUGCCACCCGAGCUCCCGGAGCCCUCAAAAGACUUUGUGUCCCUUUCCUCUCUGUGUAUGACUCCGCCUCAGAGCCCCAGCUUUGCCGAAACCUCAUCCUCCAGCGGCGGCGCGUCCUCGCAAUGCACUGCCUCCUCCGUGGCCAAGAGCCCGCCCUCACUCGCCCCUCCCUGCAGGUCCAUGGCGACGAGCGUAAUCCGCCACACGGCGGACAGCUCCCUGUGCCAAUACCACAUUCCAGUGGCCCCCAAUUUAGAGAAGGCGACAGCCCGCCAGCUGCAGCAGAGCAUCACACCUCCAUCUCCUCUUCUUCCUCUUCCUGGCAUACGCUCGACAACAGAGGCUGGUCCUCCCAGACCCUCUUUGGACACUGUCUCCACUCCCAUUCCUAUUAACAUUCAACAGCGAAACAGCCCCCCUGCUCAGGCGACCCUGACCCCGACUCCAGUCACCAGCCCUCAAAUCAUCUGCCAGAUGUUCCCCUUUAGCGCCCAAUCAGGUAUAAUAUCAACCUUAAUCCCCAGCACGGUCCAGACGUCGUCCGCCGGGGCCCGGACUGCGCCCCUUCUGUCUCAGCCUGGCUCCGCCAAUCCCGCCGCAGUGCAGCAGUCUCUCAUCGUGGGCUCGGCGGUGCCUCAGGGUACGGUGAUGCUGGUCCUCCCCCAGUCCUCGGUCUCCCAGGCCUCCCACGGACCUCAGACUGUCAUGACGCUGGGCAACACCAAACUGCUCCCGCUGGCACCGGCUCCGGUCCACGUGCCCACGGGUCUCGGCGGUGGUGCGGCGGCCACAAAGAUGGACUUUUCCCGCCGGAGGAACUAUGUGUGCAACUUCCCCGGUUGCCGAAAGACGUACUUCAAGAGCUCGCACCUCAAGGCUCAUCUUCGCACGCACACGGGUGAAAAGCCGUUCAGCUGCAGCUGGGACGGCUGCGACAAAAGGUUCGCCCGCUCCGACGAGCUCUCCCGCCACCGGCGGACGCACACCGGCGAGAAGAAAUUCGUGUGCCCCGUGUGCGAUCGGCGAUUCAUGCGCAGCGAUCACCUCACCAAACACGCCCGGCGUCACAUGACCACCAAGAAAAUUCCCACCUGGCAGGCCGACGUUCGGAACCUGAACAAGAUGGCCACUGGCAAAAACCCUAACCCUGCCAAACCCAGUCUGGCCACAAUAAGCAUGCUGGUACCUGCCGGCUCUCAGUAGGCAAGGAACACUUAACCAAUGCAGGGAGCGGCCUGGCACAUAACGGCCGUCUUGACUCAUAGGAAGAAAAGAAAACAAAACAAAACAAAGAAAAAAAACAUGCACUGGACCUUUACAUCUCUACUGCUCAUUUGUACAUUUACACAAAAGGAUUCUUUUUGUUAAAUGGAUGCACUCUUUGCCAAAGCCUUUGUACAACUUUGAAUUUCAUAUUUUCCACCCUUCUGCAACAUUUUUUUUAUUUGUUGUGACACAUAUGUGAAUGUUUUGCUGCGAUUCCUAUUUGAGGAACGUGUUGAAAUACAUAUACCAACAAUGUAAAUAAAAUGUAAUCGCCAUUACUAUGAUACCUUUAUGAUUACCGCAUACCUCUAUGUGUAACUUUCAUAUUAUUUAAUACAUAUUUGUAAUUAAAAAGAUGACUCAUUUACUGUU